AUGCCUAAUGGUCCGCAAACGGCGACCGAUGCUACUGCAGUUGACGGCGGAUGGGCCGAUUGGUUCGAGUGGGGUGCGUGUUCCACCACAUGUGGCUCGGGCAGCAGGACGCGUGUCCGGAUAUGCAAGAACCCCAAGCCCGCGUACGGCGGAAAUUUCUGUGAUGGCGAUUUUGAAGAAUUCUCCAACUGUUCCAUCAACCCUGACAUGUUAAAGUGCUCUACUGACGGUGAGUGGGGCUUCUGGGGUCCAUGGGCAAAAUGCGAGGACAACAUCACCUAUCCCUAUCGAGCUUGCGACAACCCGCGGCCCUACGACCAGGGCAAGAACAGUUUCGGUCAAAGAUUUCAGUACAAGACGUGCACAACUUGCUGUCUAGUUGAGAAACCAAACGACACUAAACCACAGACACCAAACGUCAUUAAACCAGAGACACCAAACGUCUUUAAACCAGAGAAACCCAACGACACUAAACCACAGACACCAAACGUCAUUAAACCAGAGACACCAAACGUCUUUAAACCAGAGAAACCAAACGACACUAAACCACAGACACCAAACGUCAUUAAACCAGAGACACCAAACGUCACUAAACCACAGACACCAUACGUCACUUAA